AUGUUCCUAAAGAGGAAUGACGAGGGUCUGCAGCCAAAAGGCAAUGAGGAUUCGGCUCAGUUGCAGCAAAUGCUUACAUCCUGCAUGAUAAACCGGCAAAUUUUGUGCUGCAUUGCCGGAGUCUUGAUCGGCAUUCCUAUCAGCAUUAAGCGGAAGUCAUACACACCAUUUGCGAUUCUGGGUGUCUUAGGCUCGUUCGUCGACUAUUCGAUUCCGUACACGACGGACUGCCGUAUGAUUCACAACGCGAUGCAGUUAGCACUCCAGCAGGAGAAACAAAGAAAUGAAGCGGCUCAGACAAAUGAGAAAGAAAUUUAA